CCGGCGGCAGUAAUAGCCAGCUGAAAGAGACAUGGCAGCCCCCAGCAAGGUCAGCCGUGAAGAGGUUUUUUUCUACGAAGAGAUGACAGAUCUUAGGGAUGUCAAAGAUGGAGUUGGUCUGUCGUGCCCGUCCCUGACUAUCAAAGAAUUAAAGUUCGCCGUGGAUCCACUGGGCUGUGCACUCUCCUGGUGAGCGAGAUCGAAUCGUUGCAUUCUCUGCUUUUCAACUCACCAUUCACAUACACUUUGCAGCAUGUCCCCAGGGGCCGCAUUCCUCCCACAGUUGGUCAGCGACCUUGUGUGCUACGAUGCUAUCCAUAUCUCGUCAUUCAGCAACUCCCAGGAGCCUCCCUCGCGCUUCCUCAGCGACCAAGGACUGCUCUCCAUCGAAUCCAUCCAGUGCUGCUUGCCGCAGGCGGUCAUAGAAGGACCUGUCGCCACUUCGAUUGACCCUUGCGAUCUGGAUCUUUUUAAGAGGGCAUGUAUGUUCGUGUUAUCAGAGCUGCAAGUGCAAAAGCACGAUACCGCAGUAUCCUUCAGAACUAUGUAUGCAGAGCAGCUGAAAUGGCUGGGCGUGUCUGGCGGACGGGCGGCAGAGAUUUGGUUCGAGUUGUAUACCAAUGGACAGUAUGACCAGGCAUGGCUUGUUGGGUCGACGGUCCUGGAGCAACUGGUCAGCAAUGUAUGUUUUUCUAGCGUGUAAAAUGGAUCAUGCCAAGGAACAUGUUUGCUCGAUCGCUG